AUGACCACUGUCCACUCAAUUUCACCUCUUCCACCACAACUCCGCUGCAGCCUCUCAGCAGCUCACGAUGUGGCUUCAUACGAAGACGUUGUUGAAGGACUUUUGAGAAACGCCCUAGAUGCUACCCCGGACUACGUCGCCAUCGAAAUUGAUUUCAACAGGAAUUACGUCUCUGUUCGCGACAAUGGAGUGGGAAUCCCGGGCCAGGAGUUCAUGGAAGGUGGCCACCUAGCCCAACCAUUCUGCACCUCCAAAUCCAAUUCCUCGAACCUGUGUUAUGGCUCGUCUGGCCGGUUCCUAUCCAAUCUGUCGUCCUUGUCCCUCUUGACUAUCACGUCUCGUCAUUCACAAGAGAGUAGCGCAAAUCAACUGACGCUGCAUCGCGGGCGAGUAAUUUUCCGACAGAAAUGCGUGGAUCAAGAAGAUGGAAAGAUUUGGCGGAGAGGGACCCGGGUAGAGGUGCGCAACCUCUUCGGAGAUCUUCCAGUGCGUACGAAGCAUAUAUCCCUUCGCUAUUCGCGUCCGACCGAGAUACAAAAGACAUUCGAUCGGAUAAGAUUAGUGGCCGUGGGCUACAUUCUUGCGAGACAGGGGCCAGAGAGCCUGCGACUGUCCCUCAAAUGCGGCGACAAGAUAUAUUCGCACAAGGAUCCUCACCGAUCUGAUCCAACAAGCCAAUAUCUCCAGCAACUUGUGUCGACGCUGCAUCAAGCUAAACUCCUUUCUGAUCCGAGCAAAUCGUCAUGGAGUACAUUGUCUUUGGUCUCGGGCAACUUGAAGAUUCGCGCUGCCGUCUCCGUUAAAGCUGCUGCUUCCAAGACUUGCCAGUUCAUUUCUAUCAGGCACUUGCCGGUCUGCCGGGGGGAAAGGAGCAAUUUACUACUCAAUGCAGUCAAUGAGACCGUGGAGCACUCAGAUUUUGGUGUUGACGGGUAUUUACGCCAUUCUCGUCGCACCCAUCAACGUCAUCAGCUACAGUCCAGGCCUGUCAAAGGUGUCGAUCGCUGGCUGAUGUUCUAUAUCUGCAUUGAACCACUGCAAGGCCAAGAAGGGAACAUGUUGCAGCGCGAUGGACUACCAGAGCUUUCAGAGCAAACCGUGAAUCUCACUUAUCUUCUGAAGACCUUGAUCUACCAGUUUUUGGAUAAGAAUGGCUUUAACCCUACUAUGAUUGGUAUCCGUGGGGAUACCGUACUACCCUCUAAGUCUUUCGCGCAAUCUCCACCAAACAAUCACAUUACGCGAACACCCGACCCAGAAACCUCAAACAAAGAUAAGCCUUCCAGUGGCAUCCCGUUCAACGACUGGCCUAGGAUCAAGACAGGGGGUGCUGCAGGACUCGGAGAUCUUGGGAAUGGGCUCAAGUUUUCCACACUCAGAGGAAAUCGUGCGCACGCUUCGAAUCCUGCAUCGAUAUCGGAGCUUACGGGAACCCCCCAGGGCUGGGCUCAGGUAAUCAGCAUCAACGAGAAAGCAGAGGCCGAAAAGUUGGCCUCUUCAGCCACCAAAACGGCGGAUGCUGGGCCGGUAUCUUGGGAAAAUCCUCGGAAUGGCCAGUCUAUUCGUCUCUAUCCGGUCACUGGGACCGUCUUGGGCGAGUUGGAAGCUGAAAGACCCAGUCCCAAAUUUGUACAGCGACCAAAGCUCAGGCAUACCAAGAUCGCCACCUUAGGAGCUGACAGGCCCGAGAAUCCAGAAGCUGAACUGCGCUCCCAAAAGUACAAAGGGAUCCUUGGACAUAAAAAGAAAGAAACUCCGAUACCCACUCUAACGGAUCACCCUGCAUGCGUCUCGAGCAGGGCAACUUUUGCCAUGGGAAUUUCUGAGACCUCGGGCGUUCGUGACAUUACACUGACCAAAGAUGCUCUUGCCAAAGCUGUUGUCAUUGGUCAGAUUGAUCGUAAGUUUGUGCUUGCCAGCCUCCCAGGAUUCGACCCUCGUCUUGGUGAGCAAGGCAAGAACUUGGUCGUGCUCAUUGAUCAGCAUGCAGCCGACGAACGCGUCAAAUACGAACGCCUGUGUCAAGAAGCCUGCGACGCCCCUUCUGCGAUCCUGAAUCCGGCGCUAGUCUUUGAGAUUGAUGAAGCCGAAGCAGCACUAUUUGAAGAGCGACAGGAAUACUUCCACAAAUGGCGAAUCGAGUAUAUUGUCCAUGCAGGUUUCGACCCUUCUUGGACCUCAGCGAUGAAGGCUCGUUCAUCCCACUACUUGCGAGUUAGCGCUCUCCCAGCAGCUAUUGUCACGCGUUGUCUUUCGGACCCAAAGCUUGCGAUUGAUCUCUUACGGGGCAGCAUCUGGUCUAGCAAUCCUGUAUCCGGGCAAGCAUCUCCAGGCAAGUCGACGGAGAAGUGCCCAGAUGCAGGCGCUACGUGGAUAUCAGCGUUUGGCCAUUGUCCACCACUCAUGGUGGAGAUGAUGAAGUCUCGGUCCUGCCGUACAGCCAUCAUGUUCAAUGACACCCUAACCCUAGAUGAAUGUACCCAAUUGGUGUCUGGACUGUCGCAAUGUUAUUUCCCUUUUCAAUGUGCUCACGGGCGUCCAACCUGCUCCGUAUUGCUGGAGAUGGCUUUGGACGGGCAAAGACAGAUUGACACCAGAGCGCAUGAGUACAUAGGAGACGCCACCAACAACGCACACAUUGGAUUUGGGGCGGCAUGGGACAGUUGGACUAGAUCUGGAGUAAAUUGCGCAUGA